AUGCACGCAUACUACCUCCUUCACUCCAAAGGCCCCUCCAACAUGGAGAGCUUUGACAACAUCUACUUAGAUCUCUCCAACAAUGCCGGCAAGUGCAAGCUGGCAGAGAGUGGUUUGGGAUGGCGCCCUGCUGGCGGAGGCGACACCUUCACCCUGGACAGCAGUAACAUUGGUGGCGCUCAGUGGAGUCGCGCAGCGAAAGGGUUCGAAUUGAAAAUCCUUUCGCGAUCGUCCGGUGUAAUUCAGCUGGAUGGCUUUGACCAAGAGGACUUCGAACGAUUGUCCAAGGCUUUCAAGAUCUGGUACGGCAUUAACGUUGAGAGCCGCGAACACGCCCUACGAGGAUGGAACUGGGGCAAGGCAGAGUUUACUAAGGCCGAAUUGUCAUUUAACGUGCAAAACCGACCCGCCUUCGAGGUCCCAUAUUCCGAAAUCUCCAACACCAACCUAGCCGGAAAGAACGAGGUGGCUGUGGAAUUUGCGCUCUCCGCUACGGAUGCGAAUGGUACCAAUGCUCAGCCUGCUGGAAGCACUAAGAACCGCGGUCGUAAGGCCGCCGCAGGCCCAGAUGAGUUGGUUGAAAUGCGAUUCUACAUUCCUGGCACUGUCUCGAAGAAGGAGAAGACCGAGGAUGCUGAGGGCAAUGAAGAUAACGAGGAAGAGGAACAGGAACAGGAACAGAAUGCAGCAAAUCUCUUCUACGAGACGCUCAUGGACAAGGCUGAGAUUGGUGAUGUGGCUGGUGACACAUUUGCGACGUUCUUGGAUGUCUUGCAUCUUACCCCUCGUGGUCGUUUCGAUAUUGACAUGUACGAAUCGUCUUUCCGACUUCGCGGAAAGACCUACGAUUACAAAAUCCAGUACAGCGCCAUCAAAAAGUUCUUCUUGCUUCCUAAGAAUGACGACACUCACACACUCAUCGUGCUGGGUCUUGACCCCCCACUGCGCCAGGGUCAGACCCGUUACCCCUUCCUGGUGAUGCAGCUGAAGCUGGACGAGGAGAUUAGCCUUGAGCUCAACAUGACCGAGGAUCUGUUGAACACCCAAUACAAAGACAAGUUGCAACCACACUACGAGGAGCCUAUUCACCAGGUGGUGACCAAAAUCUUCCGGGGUCUGUCCGGAAAGAAGGUUAUCAUGCCGUCCAAGGACUUCGUCAGCCACCACGGUCAUCAUGGAGUUAAGUGUUCCAUCAAGGCCAAUGAGGGUUUGCUGUACUUCCUGGAUAAGAGUCUGAUCUUUGUACCAAAACCGGCGACUUACAUUCAAAUGGAGAAUGUGGCGGUGGUGACGAUGUCGCGUGUUGGUGGUGCGGUCUCGGCCAGUCGCACCUUUGAUAUUACCGUUAGCCUGAAGGGCGGUCUUGGCGAGCACCAGUUCAGCAAUAUCAACCGCGAGGAACAACAACCUUUAGAGGACUUCUUCAAGGCCAAGGGUAUUCGCAUCAAGAACGAGAUGACGGAAGAUGCAUCCGGUCUCCUUAAGGCGGCUCUUGAAAACGACGUGAUGAUGGAGUCUAGUGAUGAGGAAGGCGCCCGGGCUGACCGUGGUUCGGCCGAUGAGGAUUCGGAUUCUCCCGACGAAGACUUCGCCGCAUCCUCAGACUCUGACGUAGCCGAGGAGUUUGACGAGGACCAUGAGAGCAGUGGCGACAGCGACGAAGAGAUGGGUGAUGCCUCCGGUGGUGAGGGGGCUGGAUCGGAUGACGAAUCCCGGCCGAAGAAGAAGACCAAGACCAGCAAAUAG